AUGGGAGCCCAGAAGAAGAGUGUUGUCAUUAUUGGAGCUGGGAUAGCUGGGUUGAAGGCAGCCUCGAGGCUCUAUGAAGGUGGGAUCAAGAACUGUGUUGUGCUUGAAGCUAGAGAUCGAAUCGGAGGGAGGCUAUACACUAUAGAAGGAUAUGAAGGACGUAAAUAUGACCUAGGAGCCAGUUGGCAUCACGAUACGUUGACCAAUGCAUUAUUUAAAGAAGAAGCUCAGUUACCAGCAUCAGAGAAGGGUCCACGUUACGUGUUCGACGACGAUCAUGCUAUCAUCAUUGAUGAUCUGAGGGGUCGUAUUGAUAUUGAUCCUCAAAUGAAUUUGGAGAUUAUAGAUAACGAGCUGAGCAGCUUCAUGGAUCACGAGUUUCACCAAAAGCUUGGUGUUCCAGAUUGUUCAUUCUACGAAAUGGUGCUGAAUUAUUUAUUCGAGAGGCGUCAGUUCUUGACGGAUGACCAGAUACAGUAUUUGCCCCAGGUAGCAAGAUCUCUUGAAUUAUGGCAUGGAGUGGACUGGAAAAUUUUAAGUGCAAAGGAUACCUAUUUUGGUCACUAUGGCAGAAACGCAAUGGUUCUCAACUAUGACUCGGUUGUUUCCCGUGUCGCUGACAGUUUUCCUAAAGAUUGGUUGAGGCUCAAUACUGAGGUGGAAUUAGUCAAGAAAGAUGGCCAAAUUACCGUUAUAACCACACAGGGUGAUGAGUACCGCUGUGAUAAUGUCAUAGUGACUAUUCCUCAAAGUUUGCUGCUCCUAUCAUUGAGUAAAGAUGAGAGGCAACAAGGGAGGAUUUCAUUCGAGCCUCCAUUGAGGGCUGGUAUCGCAAAUGCCUUGAAUAGUAUCCAUUUUGGUUGUUUGGGCAAAGUCGUUUUUGAAUUUGAAAAGUGUUGUUGGUCGACAGAACGAUCCAGAAUUCUUACUUUGGCACAUUCCAAUGACGAUAUUGUCAAACAGGUGAGGACAGCCACAAGUUUGUGUCAGUUGAUUGACCUUGCUAAGGGUUCGCAGAAAAAUGACGGCACUUUCAGUGCCUGGGGCCAUCCAUUGUCCUUUGUCAAUUUAGCAAAGACGACUGGAGUUCCAAGUUUGGUAAUGUUAAUGCAAGAACCGCUGACGCAAUUCAUUGAAUCUAUUCGUGAUGAUAAAAACCGCGUCUUCCAAUUUUUCCAGAGCGUGCUCGAUAGGGUUAUGAUCGUACUAGGUAGUGAUCGUUGUAUCGAUGGAAUUGCGAAGGAUAUAAGCUCAAAGGAUGCCCCAGUAUUAAGAAAUGUGAUCGUAACGAACUGGAGUCGAGAACCAUAUUCUCUGGGAGCUUAUACUGCGUGCCAUCCUGGCGAUGACCCUCUAACCAUAGUCACAGAGAUGAUGGACGGUCAGGAUUCCAGAAUACGUUUCGCUGGCGAGCACACCAUCAUGGAUGGAGCUGGUUGCGCCUAUGGAGCCUGGGAAAGUGGUAAAAGGGAGGCUGAAUACAUCUUGGCCAACUCUCCAAAAUAA